UCACCAUCACCAUCACCAUCAGGAUCAUCUCCCUACGAGGACUCACCAUGGCGUCGGCAGGAGGUAUUCGCCCCCCAGUGACUCAGCCACGAGGUCUCCCCAGUGGCAGGAUGACCGCCCACUGCACAUGUACCGCGCCCCUUCGCUCGACAUGCUGCCCAAGGUGGGCACGGGGCACCUCUCGUCGGGCAAGGAACUCCGAAGACAGAGGUCCUACGCCAGGGACAUCGCCAGGGACGUCAAGAGCUUCCACUCCAAGCAGGGACAGUACGAGUUCUACCCGAAGACCAUGCACGAUGAGUCCGCCGAGAUCCAGGUGCUGGGCUACCGCUACAUCGGCUCCGUGCACAUCCCCCACGCGCGCUGCAAGGACAAGAGGCCGGCGCUGGAGUCCGCGUCGACUACGAGGACAGCACAGGACCUCGAGUCGAUUCCGGAUUCUCCCCGUCGGAUGUCCGCGGAGCUUCGGAAGUCUCACUCCAUCAGCCGCCCGAGGGAGUCGCGCGAGCUGAGGGACAUCCGGGAGCAGAGAGAGAACCGAGAGAACCGAGAGAACCGCCCCCGCUCGGCCUCCAGCACCGACCUCGGCUUUAAGGUCAUUUACUCGAAGCCCGACGAGGAGUUUCCGGACCUGGUGAUGGAGACGAGUCGCUGCGGCCAGACCCGCAUGGACUGGCUGGACGAGUCGGACCUGGGCAGACUCACCUCCCUCGCCCUGCUGGAGCUCGACAUCCUCUUCACGGAGCACAACAUCCACCACCGCUGGAGAAAGCUCAAGAAGAGGAAGCAGAACAAGGAGGAAAGCGGAGUGUUCGGCGUCCGUCUUGACAGCCUGAUAGAGAGAGACAGAAACUUUUUGGAGGAGUCUCCCCUUGAGACUAAAGUGCCUUUGGUGUUUUAUAAGUUGGCCCUGCAGUUGGAACGCCAGGGCCUGCGGCAGGAGGGCAUCAUGAGGGUGCCCGGACACAGGUCACAGAUCGAGCAGCUGCGUCGUGCGUUGGACACCCAUUUCUACACAUCUCCGGGCACCGCCGACGCCGCCCUCAGGAGCGCCACGCCCAACGAUGUAGCCGGCCUCAUCAAGAGCUUUCUGAGGGAGCUUCCGCAGCCUCUUCUCACACACACGUACAUGCCGGCUUUCUAUAAGACGCAUCGAGUCAAGGACGUGGGCGAGCGAGUCCUGGCCUUGACGAUGCUGAUCCUCCUGCUGCCCUCGUCCCACCGAGACACCCUCCACGCCGUGCUCGAGCUGUGUGCCCGAGUGGUAGCCUUCGAGGACGAGAACAAAAUGACACUGUACAACAUCGCGAUGAUCGUGGCGCCCAACCUCUUCCUGCCGAGCAACCAGCGCUCCAAGCUCAACCUCAGGAGCGAGGACAAGGAGCAGCAGCUGAAUUACGAGAUGACCUACGCGAACGUAACGACCCAGCUGACCCAGAUGAUGAUAAAGUACAGGGACGUUCUGUGGACGGUUCCCCAGCGGCUUGUGUCGCAGAUCCGCCGUAUAUACCAGGCAGAGGCGUUGAAGCAGAGUAACUACACGCCUAUGCGGAGGCUGCUCACCCGCAAGAGCAAAGAGACGAUCCAGCGGCCCAUCGAGAACGAGGUGGACUACCAAGAGGGGGUCCUGAGGGUGUCAGCGCCUCAGUUCAACAAGUGCAAUUACCCAGUUAAGCUCGAUCCCCUGAUGACUGCCAAAGACUUAUUGACAAGAUUCAUCGAGGAGCUGACCGUCCUCCCGGAGAACCCCCGUCGCGUGGAGGGCCGGAGAGAGCAGCAGUACAAGCGAGGGAGUGGAGGCAGUGGGUCCCCGCCCUCGAGCGCCCCCACAAGCGCGUCCUCGCCCCAGUUCUACGCCUGCCUCCUGACGGGAUCGCUGAAGAAGGCCGUCGAGCAGCACGCCCUCCACGAGAGAGGAGGGAACAUAGGCGACCGUCGUCUGGACUCGAAGGCAAAGCUCCUCACCAUAUACCAGGACAACCCCAAUGCAGAGUUCAUCGUCAAAUGCCACCACCACGGAGGUCAAACGGCAAGAAGAAAUUCCUAGAGGAGAGGACCACUUGGUUAGGUUUCCUCGACAUUAGAUUCCUCGAGAAAAAAAAGGAGAGGAGAGGAUUUUAUGAGUG